AUGUCAAAAGUUCUUGUUUUACGCACCAACGUUGAGAGUUUUGAUGAUGUUUUAUCGAAACUGAAAAAUUUGAAUCAGAAGUCUGGACCAUUUGACUGCGCAUUGGUUCUCGGUAAACUUCUUGAGUCCACAAAAGAUGCCGAAACCCGGCAUUUAGACCUUCCCACAUUUUUCACCAACAGCACUAAACUCUUGAUGGAGAAGAGCGGGUCGAAUCCUAUGGGUCCAAACUUCACGCUACUUAACGGCCACGGCUUAUUCCAAAUGUCUCACGGUUUGAAAAUAGGCUACUUAAGCGGAGAUAGGGUAUAUUUGGCCAAAAAUAGGGACCAAAUACGAACUAGCUUCGAAGAUAUGAAUGUAGAAGGUUUAGAUGUUCUGAUCACAGAAGAUUGUAGCAAAGCGCUUAUCACAGAAGGGAGUUUCGGGUCUGAAAACGACUCUCUCGUGGAUGACAUUCUGAAGAUAACAAAACCAAAAUAUCACUUCGCGACGCAAGCUCAAGAUGCGUUCCUCGAAUCUGCUCCAUUUAAAUGGGGAAACUCUGAACUGAUAACAAGGUGUCUAAACAUUGCUGAAUUUAACUCAGGAGCCAAAUGGGCAUACGCUUUUAAUGUCAAUGAUGCUGCAACAGAAAGUCAAGCAUUGCAAAAAUCCCUUGGGCCCAAUCCAUACGAAGUAAAAGAAUCCAGGAAGCGCGGCUUGGACGUUGAAACCUUACAGGAAAGUACUGUCACAAAAAAACCCAAGCAAAUUCUCCCGGAAGAUUGCAGAUUUUGUUUUAGUAACCCUUCGAUUGAAGAUCAUCUAAUUAUUCACAUCGGCGAAUACGCAUACCUGACUAUAGCCAAGGGCCCACUUACCAUACCCACCAACAAUAUGGAUUUUUCUGGACAUUGUCUGCUGAUACCAAUCAAGCAUACGCCAAAGCUGAAGGCAGCAGAUAUCUCGUCCGACAACAUCUUUGAAGCUCCAUUUUAUCAAGAAAUUCAAAGAUUUGAAGCGGGCAUCGUGCGUAUGAACGAAGCUGAAUUUGCAAUGUCGACCGUAGCAUUUGAAAUAAAUUCAGAGAACUCCAUUCAUUAUCACAGGCAACUGUUUCCUGUUGCUGGUCAUCUAGUUGCCAAGUUCGAGUCUGCGCUUGAAAGACAGGUUCACUUCAACAACACAAAAUACAGCAAUAAUGCAAACUUGAACUUUUUGGAAUUCAGUGGAACAGAUAACGAAGAGUAUAGAGCUUUGAUAAAUGAUAGCAAGCUCAAUUACCUGCAGUUCACGGUCUACGAAGCCAAAAGCUUACCGCCGAAAGUGUACGUCGCAACUUUCAAGCCGGAGGAAAGAAUUGAUCUACAAUUUGGAAGACGAGUCGUUGCAUUUGUUCUACGACUUCCAAAGAGAGCCAAAUGGGAUUCUCAAGUUUGCAGACAAACUAUUGAGCAAGAAAAGAGGGAGGUGAGUCAAUUCCAACUGCAUUUCAAAAGUUACGAAAGUGACCCUUGA